AUGAGUUUUUCCGUCAUCAUUUUACUUUUGACUUUCUUGGAGAUUUCUUGGGCUACAGACGAUCCCCAAAGUGAAGUCGGAAAGUUUGAUCGUUCUGACCUGAGUAACUUUUUGCCGCAUGGAAAUAUUUCGCAAAACACAGUUGAUCGUUUGAAAGAAAAGCUUGGGAUACUGACUACUGAUUGGAACAUUGACGAGAUAGGAAGAAGUAUAAGUUUGCAACCAUGUAUUAGAUAUGAUACUUGCAAAAGCAGAUGCUUGGAUUAUCCAGAAAGAACUGAUACCAUUGCGGAAACUGAGCAAUUCAAUUGUUAUUGUGAUCCCGAUUGUAUGGUUUUUGGUGAUUGUUGCUGGGACUACUACGAUGAAUGUAUACCCAACAACAUAGGUGGCAUUCAAACGCAAGACAAUAAACGAUCUUCAGUCAAAUCUAGGGCGCCUAUACACGGUGCAAAACCUGGUGCAAGACCAAAUUCUAAAGCUUUCGAAUGCGUGGUGGUCGAUCAGUAUUCUAAGGAAUAUUUCUGGGUGGUAACGCGUUGUGCUUCAACAUGGCCCAAUGACGAUAUCAAAACCAGCUGCUUAUCGGUAAGUUUGAAUGGAUCUGAUUUUAUAACUCUUCUACCAGUCCAAGGAGACACGGGUUGGACGUAUAAAAACGCAUUCUGCGCUCUUUGUAAUCAUGUUGAAAAUUUUCUAUAUUGGCGUGUAGACGCAAGAUGUUUUCAGAACGCACCCGAAGAAGUUUUAACCGGAAAUUCAGAAAUGAUAUCUUAUUAUCUACUACAUUUUUGCAAUAUCAGGCUGUUUCAAGACUUGAGUCCUUUAGACGAAACAAUUUCAGAUUUUCAAGACGUAAACCAAUCUCAAGAUUCGUCUGAUACUAAACCGCACAACAUCGAUUUCAUCUGGAAUUUUCCGGUGAGACGAUGCGAUAAAAAUAUGAUUAGCAGAUGCCCUGAUGAUUAUGAGGAUGAUUUUAUUAAAAUGUUAUGUGAGGAUUAUCAGUCAGUGGUGAUUCACAGAGAGUAUGUCAACGGAGAAGCAAACCAUAUGAUUUUUAAAAAUCCAAUUUGUGCUUAUUGUCAUGGAAUAGGAAGAAUCUAUAAUGAUGUUCAACCGGUCCCAUUGCCCAAUCCAGCUCCGAAAGUACGAAGACAAGAAUAUCCCGUCACAAUAAACGAUCUUGUAUGGACUUCCAUGAAGCAGAAUUUGAAUGACCCAGAAAAGAAAACUUAUCCGGAAUUAGAAUGCCCUGUAUGGAUGUGGAUGACAUAUUAUGAUCUGCCAUAUUGGGUGAUAUCGGUGGCAAACGAAGCUAAGUCAAUGUUGCCAACGUUCAGCAACAGCAACCAUAUGAAAAGCCGCUGGACACCUCCGUCCUUCUCUAUGGUGUUACAUUUUCGUAAAGACGGAACAUGCGAAAUAGACUAUACGGAGGAAGGCAAUUCAACCUCAAAAUCAAUAACUCCCGAUACAACUUGUCACCACGGAGAAAUCUAUGAUCCUUUUUAUGCAUCAUGCAGGCCAGUCCUUUGCCAGCCCGAUCAAACAUACCACGACAGCAGCUGUUCGCCUACAAUAAAAACCAGUGACAAUGGACAUAUUCACUCCGGAACAAAUGAUACCCGGAUCCCUCUCAUUGCAACCGUGACCUUGACGAUCGAAGUUCCAACACAAUAUAUACAAAUGAAUGAUUCAGAAAACGAGUACAGAUACACCCUGACACCAGAGAUGACAUCUGCUGUUGCGACGUUAUACAACGUUAGCAUCACCAAUGUCACCGUCCAGAACUUCACAAUUAUAAGCUCUCCCAGCGAUACUACAAAUAAUAUAACUGCGGCAUCAGGGAGUGAAAAAUCAAAUGAAGUGAAAACCUACUCAAUAGUUUUCACAUUUGCGCUUAUAGAGCCGGAACAAUAUACAGAUGAAGAAAUAAUUGAGUUUGCGGAGGAAGUAAACAAUCUCGUACAGUUCCAAAGAAUGUUACUAGAGUGUGAUUUGAUGAUCGUUGUUGUACUGAGUACACCGCUUGUUGGACAUCUACCACUAAUAUGCAGUGAAGGAACUAAAAAAAUUCAGUAUACGGCCGAGCAAUAUGAUAUAAUACUAUGGGAAAACAGAAAAAUUGCUUAUAUAAACAGCACGGACGAAUACUAUCCGGAAUCAGAAUAUCAGUUUUUAGACUGGACUGUUAAAAUCAGUGAAAACGACACAGUGAGAACCUACGUUGAUGACUCAAGGAUUGUUGUAUGCGCAAAAAUAGAGGAUGAGCUGAUUCAGGAUUGCGGAAUUUACAUUCCAUUAAAUCAGUCUGAAUAUGUGAAGCUAGAAAACGAUUCCUUGUAUCUGAUCGAACGUAAUAUCACUAUUCCGCCUGAAGAAUAUAUAUCAUACGAAGAUUCUUAUGCUGUGUGUGGUGAUAAAUAUUUAUCAGGUACGAAUUCUGAAGUUGUAGACGUGAUCGAAGAUCGCGGUAUCAACUCGACAACCGGAGUCGUUACUGAGUCUACAGCACAGUGGAUGAAUGUUGCUGUUUGGAUAACCUUCGGGUUAUCAAUGAUGUCACUUCUGGCACUUGCCAUAACGUUCAUUACAUAUUUGAUAUUUCGGGAUUUACGUACUGUUGGUGGUUGCUGCAUCAUGAAUUUAGCAGUGGCUCAAUUUACAUCAAUUGCUUUGUUUAUGUUUGGAGCAAAGUUGACGUCAAAUCCAGCAGUAUGCACGGCUGUAUCGAUAUUGCUUCAUUUUCUAUUCCUUACAAUAUUUUUUUGGAAUAAUGUUAUGGCUUUCGAUGUUUGGCGAACAUUUGGUAAAGGUUUGAAAAAUGCGCUCAGGAGAUCAGUAAAAAAUAGAACGAAUACAACCGGCAAUCAUUUUGGUGCAAAAACGACGAUUCUUAAAUACAUGGCAUACGCAUGGGGGCUUCCUGCAUUGUUCGUCGGUGUGACUGUGGCAAUUGAAUUCUGUGCGGUAAGUGUAUCGGUCGGAUACCGUGGAGAUGAAAAAUAUGGCAUUUGCUGGAUAUCGAACUCGACAGCUAACAUUGUCGUAUUUGGUGUUCCUGUUCUCUGUAUUAUAUUUAUCAAUGCUGUAUUCUUCGGAUUAUCAAUUGCUGCGAUUCGCAAAUCAGCAAAAGCUCCAUAUCGAAAUGUUGGUAAAAAUAAUCGUUUCCAAAGAAAACUGGCGUCAGUGAGCGACGAAGUCAGGUGCCGAGAUGUGGAGAUUGGAGCCAAAUGCAACAAGUAUAAACGAUCCAAGUCAACAACUGAUUUCAAUAGUUCGGCAGACAAAUCUAAGGAAUCCGGAAGACGUGUAUCAGUAUCUUCGAUGCCAAGUCGUUCAAAUAUUGGUGUUUACAUAAAAAUGUCAACAGUCAUGGGAUUCACGUGGAUAAUUGGUUUCGCAGCAGCCUUCACUCAAUUGAUAAUCAUAUGGGUAGUCUUUGAACUUUCGGUGCCAUUGCAGGGAAUUUUCAUUUUCUGGGCAUUUAUUUGCCAAAAAAGAAUUCUAACAAAAUACAAAAACCUGUUUUCCAAAUGCUGUGGAAUUCACGACAACAAAGCUGUACAUGAACAAAUGCAUCAACAUGCAAAACAAGAUGCUAUUGGACGAGAUGCGAGCAUGUCUUCGCUGGAUGAUGUUUUUGAAGAAGUUGAAUCACCGAAAAUAAAAUGGCGUGGGCAAGCAUCGCAUUCAUUAAAAAUACCACCGCGUCAAAAAACGGCAACCAAUACAACGAGAACGGGGAGGGGGAUAAAAUAACCGUGGAUAAUGCCAGAGAUGAAGCUAUUUCAAGCUGUGAAAAUCAGAACAUUAAGCUUCGGGAUCGUGAAAUCGUUCAAACAGAGAAUGAGUAUAUAUACGAGAACAAAGUGUUCAUUCUGGACGAAUCUCAAGAACAAACCAUGUAGCCGGCAAGUGAUAUAGUUAAAUCUGCUUUGUCUAUAGCAGCAUUAUUAAACUGGUUCAAAUUAGAUAACUGUACAUUACUGCGUGCUUUUAAAUGGUGCCGCUUCAUGAAAUUCAACUGAGAGCUUUUCAAAACUGUAUACACGAACGUGACCUUCGGUCGAGAUGGUAAACAGAUAAGUUCAGUUUUCGGCUAUCCAAGACAGAAAGUGAAACUUUGACAUCGAGAUUACAAGAAAACUACUAUCCUGAUUUGUCGUACAUGGACUCUUCUUAUAUACUUAUCAGUUUGAUACAUCCCUAAACAAAAAUUAAAACAGUGACCGUACAUUUGAACCCACGUACAUUUGAACCCAUGUGUAUAUCCGCGGGUUCAAUCUAUAUG